AUGGGGGAUAACAGUGAUAACCAAGAACCAAAGCAGAAAUUAAACUUUUCCUGUUGUGAAGAAGAGCAAGAGAACCAAGGGCAGAAGGAAGCACAGGAGAGCGAGGGGGCCCAGAGCCAAACCCCAGAGAGGCCUCAAGUUCAGGAUUCAGACACAAAGGUGACACCUCCCCGGACCCCCAGUAGUCACGUAUGUGACCUCAACACACCUCGGGAAAAACACGAGAGUCCAGAUCAGGGGUUGAGGACUCCGGUGUCACACUCCCGCACACGUCCUGAGACACCAGCACCGCCAGACAAGAGCAAGCCGCCACCCUGCGAGAGUCCCUUCACUCCCAAAGGCCAGGUGAGCCAGCCGGUGAUUUCUUCAACAGGGAAGCUCCCCUCCCGAAGCUCUAAGCAUUUGAGGCUCAUACCUGGUCCCUUCACUGAUGAGAUGACCUCACUGGCUCUGGUCAACAUUAAUCCCUUCACCCCGGAGUCCUAUAGAAAACAAUUCCUUAAAUCCAAUGGCAAGAGGAAAGCCCGAGGCGAUGUUGAGGAAGCUGGUCCAGAAGAAGGCAAGGUAGAACAAGGGCUGCCUGCCAAGAGAUGUGUUCUUCGAGAAACCAACAUGGCUUCCCGCUAUGAAAAAGAAUUCUUGGAGGUAGAAAAAAUUGGGGUUGGGGAAUUUGGCACAGUCUACAAGUGCAUAAAGAGGCUGGAUGGAUGUGUUUAUGCAAUAAAACGCUCCACAAAACCUUUUGCAGGACUAUCAGAUGAGAAUUUGGCUUUGCAUGAAGUGUAUGCGCACGCGGUGCUUGGGCAUCACCCCCAUGUGGUACGUUACUACUCUGCGUGGGCAGAAGAUGACCACAUGAUCAUUCAGAAUGAAUACUGCAAUGGUGGGAGCUUACAGGCUGCGAUAUCUGAGAAUGCAAAGUCUGGUAAUCAUUUUCAAGAGCCAAAACUCAAGGACAUCCUUCUGCAGAUCUCCCUUGGGCUUAAGUACAUCCACAGCUCCGGCAUGGUGCACCUGGACAUCAAACCAAGUAACAUCUUCAUUUGUCACAAGAUGCAAAGCGACUCUCCUGUAGUCCCAGAAGAGAUUGAAAAUGAAGCUGACUGGUUUCUCUCUGCCAAUGUGAUGUAUAAAAUUGGUGACUUGGGGCAUGUGACAUCAAUAAGCACACCCAAGGUGGAGGAGGGAGACAGUCGCUUCCUGGCUAAUGAGAUUUUGCAGGAGAAUUAUCAGCACCUUCCCAAAGCAGACAUAUUUGCCCUGGGACUGACCAUUGCAGUGGCUGCGGGAGCAGAGUCGUUACCCACCAAUGGCGCCGAGUGGCAUCACAUCCGUGAGGGUAACCUUCCCGACAUGCCUCAGGAGCUCUCCGAAGAAUUUCACAAUCUACUCAAGAACAUGAUCCACCCCGAUCCGGAGGAGAGACCUUCUGCAGCGGCUCUGGCCAAAAGUCGAGUUCUCUGUCCCUCCCUGGGGAAAACGGAAGAGCUUCAGCAGCAGCUGAACUUGGAAAAGUUCAAGACAGCCUCCCUGGAAAGGGAACUGAAGGAAACCCAGCAGGCCCAGUCCCCCAAGGAAGGCCACAGUGUCCCUGGGUCCUCUGCGACCCCCACAGUAUCGAGAAGCAGCAAGCGCCUGGUGGGAGGAAGGAGCGCCAAGUCUUCAAGCUUCACCUGGGGGCAGUCUUCCCCAUAAGAACUCCUUUCACAGCAACUCACCUUUUACCUUACAGUUUCCAGAAUUCCAGAAGUACAUACUGACCCUGUCAAUCUUCCCCUUAUAAAUGGAGAGACUAACCAACGGGAGUGCCCCAAAAUCUCAAAAGCCACUCCUAAUUUAGCAUUUACAGCCAAGAUCCUGCAGCUGUUAAGGCUUCCUAGCGGCAGUGGUCCCAGGUAUAAUAAUUGGCAGCCAUUUCUCUUCUCUCUCGUUAUACUGCUCACACCACCUGUCAACAGUUGGUUCACUUCUCACAUCCGUCGAUGCACAAUGGGAAAGCACGGGCCUCUGGACUGAAGGGAGACAAGGAAGCAGCCCCCGGAGCGGGCUGUGGACUAAGAGGAUGCCUGCCUACCCACCAAGGAUCCCAGGGACCCUCCCUGUGAAUAGAAAGGAGUUUGAUUUUGCUUUGAGUUGAGGUAACAGCUAAUAAGAAAUGGGCCUGGAUUUCAAGAGUGCAUCCCAGGUAAUACGAUUUUAUUUCCUCAAAGAAUUCUCAGCCACUUUGAGCAAGUAGUUUUCCUACUGUAUUCCCUGAGUGGAGACAAACCCUUUCUCUGACAUUGUAUUUAUUAAGUAAAUGACUUCAGCAUUAUGUGGGGUGGGUAGAAAUAAGACUCUAAAAAACUUGAGACUUCUGAGCUGCCUAUUAACUUUUGGAACAAGAACCCUGGGUAGAGAGUUUGAGGGAAAUCUGAUGCGGUUUGUUCUCCCUCAGUCUAUUUGCCUUGAUCCUCUUGUAACUGUUAAUUACUGUUUUUUACUUUCCAGGGGUCACCAAUUUCUCCUCGAUUUUUAUCAGAAGUUGGCUUUGCUUCCUGUGACUUUUUAAAAAUCAUGUUUUAUCUAAAUCAUUUUCUCUGCACAUAUUUUUUAAAGGAUUAGAAUGUUUGUAAAUAAAGGUUUUUAUCUUGUC